AGAUACAAUAAGAGGAAUCUCCUGGUAAUGCUUCUGGCUACCAUUAGUUCAGAAUUCUGGCUGUGAUUUUUUAAAUGACUUUGAGCUAAGUUGUAUGGCUCUAGUUUGUUUCCCAUGUUUUACAGGUAGCUGUAUUUUUAACUGACUAGGAUGUUUUUAUUUAGAAUUUAUUGGAUUUGUUGCCUGCUAAUUGGAGGGAUAACCUGUUAUCCUCCAUCUAAAGGUAAUUAUAGAUAUAUUCCCCAAAAUAAAUUAAAAGGAACCAGCCACAAUGCAGCGGAAGCAACCGGCUCCCGUGCCUCAGAAGCAGCCACCACAAUACCUCAGCAAGCGCCAUGACUGGCCCAAAUACCUUGGGUGAAGCAACUGGCCACAGUGCCGCGGAAGCGACCACCCAUAACGCCUCGGCAGCGGAAGCAGCCACCCAUAAUGCCUCGGCAAGUGUGGCAACUGGCCCAAAUAGCUUUGAAGCAACUGGCCGCAAUGCUUCAUCAAGCGUCACGACUGGCCCAAAUAACUUGGGUGAAGCAAAACGCUCCCGUGCCUCAGCAGAAGGAGCCACCCAAAAUGCCUCAGCAAGUGUGGCAACUGGCUCAAAAACCUUAGGUGGAGCAACCAGAACCCGUGCCUCCGCAGCAGAAGCAGCCACCCACAAUGCCUCAGCAAACAUCACGACUGGCCCAAAUACCAUAGCUGAUGCAACUAGCCACAAUGCUUCAUCAAGCGCCAUGACUGGCCCAAAUACAUUGGGUGAAGCAACCAGCUUCCGUGACUCUGCAGAAGCAGCCACCCACAAUGCCUCAGCAAGUGUGGUAACUGGCCCAAAUACCUUAGUUGAAGCAACUGGCCACAAUGCUUCAUCAAGCGCCACGACUGGCCCAAAUACCUUAAGUGAAGCUACCAGCCACAGUGCCUCGGCAGUGGAAGCUACCAGCCACAGAGCCGUGCAAGAGGCCACCCAUAAUACCUCGGAAGCAGCCACCCACAAUGCCUCAGCAAGUGUGGCAACUGGCACAAAUACCUUAGGGGAAGCAACUGGCUCCCAUGCCUCGGCAGAAGCGACAGGCGCCUCGGCAGAAGCGACAGGCGCCUCGGCAGAAGCGACAGGCGCCUCGGCAGAAGCGACAGGCGCCUCGGCAGAAGCGACAGGCGCCUCGGCAGAAGCGACAGGCCUUGAACAGGAGGGCCAACUCCUCAAGCAACAUGGAUUUUAGCAGCAGUGAUGUUUCUCAGGAUUUUGGGUCUGAUGGGGGAUAUGAAAGCACCCAAUAAAAUAUUGUACCUUU